CUGCAUGGUUUCCGUCUGGGUUUCCGUUCGGUGGUCACUCGACUUGUUUAGCUUCCUGAAGUUGCGUGAUGUGCGACGGAGACGACGUCGACGGUUCCACGAGGAGUCAUCCCAGGAUCUAUAGACUGCAGGAAGUCGCUUACAAUGAAGACAAGGACUUUGUCGCUGCUGGAGGGUUCGGCGUCGUGUAUCAGGGACGUUUGAAGCGUUCUAAUGAAGUAGUGGCUCUUAAAGUUUUUGCUAAACUUCAAAACAGUGAAGUGGCGGAUGUAAUGCGGGAGGCACAUAUAAUGCAUUGCCUUACUGAUUGCCCCUACAUCGUUCAUUUCUUGGGAUUGUGCAUUGAGUCUGGUUAUUAUGCAAUUGUUAUGGAAUAUGUAGAACAUGGGGAUUUGGAAAAUAUGUUGCUGUUUGGAGUAAACGACCAUUCUACCAUUAAGCAAUGGAGUUGUCGCGUUUGCAUGGCUUUAGACAUUGCCAAAGGAAUGCAACAUUUACAUAAUCUGGAACCACCAAUUAUUCACAGAGAUUUAAAGACAGCAAAUCUGUUAGUGGGCCAGAAUUACUGCUGUAAAAUUAGUGAUUUUGGACUAGCAAAAAAAUUACAAGAAAGUUCAACAGAAACAGCAAGGGUUGUUGAAGGAACAGUGGCAUUUACUGCACCUGAAAUAUUUAGUGGGAUUGUAGAGAAGGAUAAGGAAAUGAAAGUUGAUGUUUACUCAUAUGCAAUGGUUCUUUGGCAACUGAAAGAAAUGAAACCACUCUAUGAUAACCUUUCUUAUGCCAUCAUACGAGCAAAUGUUAUGGCUGGUCAGAGACCUCUACUAAGUGAUGGUUAUGAUAUUGAGACAUACAAAAAGAUCAUUGUGCGUUGUUGGGAUAGACGAACUGAUUGCAGGCUAGACUUUGAUGAGAUUGUAACUAUGCUAGAGGGAAUCUUGAAGCAAAUCUAUUCUGUAUGUUUGUGA